CCCAAACCAAUUAUUGCUCGUUUCCGUUAUUAUCAGGACAAAGAAUAUGUUCACUCCUUCUACAAGAACUUAAAAGGAACCAACAUCGGUUUCUCAGAUGAUUUCCCGAAAGAAAUUGAAGAAAUUCAUAGAAAACUUUAUCCAGUGCUUAAAAAGGCCAAGCAGGAUAAGCAAAAAGCCUUCUUUAACUUUGAUAAAUUGAUAAUCAAUGGCCAAAUAUACAGAGGAAAAGAAACUAAAGACCUUCCCUAUUAUUGUAAAAUGGCAAAAAAUUAUUAAUGUAUUGAUUCCAUGAUCGGUUUCAAACUCAACAGUGAAUCUACGUCCACUAGAUGUUAAGAAUUUUGUUUAAUAUCAGUUUAUAUGUAAAUGUACUAUGUGUUCUGUUUUGUUUUAUUAUUUUCUCAGUUGGAGGAGAAAAUGUCUUUUGUUUCACUCAUUUUGAAUGCUUCGUUAAACAUUGGAAAGUACUAAUCCCAAACAAUAUAUGCAUUUUUAUAAAACACAACUGAAACGGCAGAUUUAUUUAAAUCAGUUUCUUUGAACGUAAGGGGCAUAAGUAAUUUUCAUAAAAGAAGAACUAUGUUCACCUGGUGCCGAAAAAGAAAAGCUGACGUAAUAUUCCUGCAAGAA